CUAUCUACAACUGUGUAUAUUUCGUCUCUAGAAGUGGCGUCUAUUACCUUUAUGUAUAUUCCGCGAACUAUGUUUCUAUACAAAUACUGUAGUCAAGGCCUCGUAUAUAUAGCGUUGUUUAUGGCUCGUAGAAGCACGCUUGCCUUACACUUCCGUCUUGCUAUGUAA